CCCCAGCCCAUCUGACUCCAGGAAGUGCCCUCCUCUGGGAGGAGGCUGAGGUCUGGGAAGAAAAGCAGAGCAGACACCAGAGGAGCCCAGCUUGGCAGCAGCUUCAGAGUCAAACCUCCUCUCCAGAGGAAGAGCCUAGCCCACAGUAGAGACUAUGGAGUUCACCUCAUCCCCUCUCCACAAAGCACAGGUCUUCUGGAGGGGACUCCUGCUCACAGCCUCACUUGUACCCUACUGGACCUCUCCCACUACUGCCCAAGUCACUGUGGAAGCAGUUCCAUCACACGUUGCUGAAGGGGACAAUGUCCUUCUACUUGUCCACAAUCUGUCAGUGACAGCCCCAUUUUUUCACGGGUACAAGGGGAAAAAUGUUGAUCAGAGGAAGGAAAUUGCACGAUUGGUAAUAUCCAGAGGUAAAAUAGAACCUGGGACUGUGUACAGCGGCAGAGAGAUAAUAUUCCCCAAUGGAUCCUUGCUCUUCCUGAAUGUCACUCGGAAAGAUACAGGAGUCUAUUUGCUACGUGUGACUAUGGAAAACUUUGAUGAAGAGAAGGCAUAUGUGCAGUUUCAGGUACACCAGCCAGUGACUCUGCCUUUCAUCCAAGUCACCACCACCACCACCACCACCACCACCACCACCACCACCACCACCACCACCACCACAUUCAAUGACCUGGACUCUGUGUUCCUGACCUGCUUCUCAAAAGACAUGGGGAUCUCCUUCAGGUGGCUCUUCAAUGGCCAGAGUCUGAGACUCACUAACAGGAUGAAGCUGUCCCACAACAACAGCAUCCUCAGCAUAGACCCUGUCAGGAGGAAGGAUUCUGGAGACUAUCAGUGUGAGGUAUCCAAUCCAGUCAGUUCCAAAAGGAGUGACCCCAUCCAGCUGGACAUAAUAGAUCCAGUGACUAAACCCUCCAUUCAAUUCACCAACACCACGGUCAACGGUGUGACCUCUGUGCUCCUGAACUGCUUGACAAACGACACUGGGAUCUCAAUCCAUUGGCUUUUCAAAGGCCAGAGUCUGAGGAUCACGAAUAGGACGAGGCUGUCCCCGAACAACAGCACCCUGGAAAUAAUCCCUGCCAGGGGUUCAGAUUCUGGGGACUACCAGUGUGAAGUAUCCAAUCAAGUCAGUUCCCAGAGGAGUGACCCCAUGCAGGUCAACAUAAUAGAUCCAGUGACUCCAUCCUCCAUCCAAGUCACCAACAACACAGUCAAAGAUAUGAUCUCUGUGUUCCUGAACUGCUUGUCAAACAACACUGGGAUCUCAAUCCAUUGGCUCUUCAAAGGCCAGAGUGUGGAGCUCACAGACAGGAUGAAGCUGUCCCACAACAACCGAACCCUCCAAAUAGACUCUGUGAGGAUUGAGGAUUCUGGGGACUAUCAGUGUGAAGUAUCCAAUCAAGUCAGUUCCACGAGGAGUGACCCCAUCCAGCUGGACGUAAUAGGUGGACGUCGACUUUCAUUACAGAGUAUUAUUGGCAUUAUUGCCCAAUGUCUGAUGGGGCUGAUUGCAGUAAUAUUUGUACUGGUUUUCCUGUGGCGCAGCCGUCGUGGCAGGGAGCCACAAAUUGAGAACAAUAUUAAACAAGAGGACAAUGAGCCAACCAAUCUCAAUGAAACCUCAAAAGCAGCCUCAAAUGUGAAACCUCAAAAGGAAAAGAAGCCAAAAGUAAAUUCUCAACCAAAUUACCACCCACAGCACCAGCUAGAAAACAGCAAAUAUGAUGGGGGCAAGAAGUAAGAGCAUGCUCAGUGAGGACAACUGGACCCGUCUACCCACAGUGGAUGGAGCUUCACAUUAUUUCCUGGAAAACAAUGUCCAGCAACACAAGUCCCUAACUUCAGUCUUCCCAUCUGCACCAGCAACAACAACGGUCUUCUGAAAUAAAAAAAAAAUCGAUGGGACCUGUCC